GAUGAAACAAUGCGUAUGCGAUUUUUCAAAUUAUUCAAUGCGCGAAUAGCAAAGAAAAUUUACGAGCGUUUAUAUCACAUAUUGGCGCUGGAGGACUGGGCCCAGUUCCAGCAUCACUUUUUCAUCAAGCACUGUAUUAAUCUGUUGCUGUGGUCAGUUAUUGAGGAGAAUAAGGAGAAAAAAAGCAACGAAGUGAUCCAAACAGCGCUGCUGAACUGUGCCACAUUUUGGCGCACAUAUGAGACGGUUUUUGACCUGGAAACGUUGCGUCGAAAUCAUCCAGGUGCAAAUGAUAACGAUGAUCAGGUGCUGUGGGACCAAGAUAUGGAUGAAACUAAACGAAGCAUUUCAUCGGAGAUUUCUGGGGAUCAGCUGAGUCAGCCGCUAAAAGCUUCUCGUCGCUUCAUCGUCCGUAGUUGUCGUCCGUUCAUCGUCGAAUCCAUUGAAAUGGUAAAAAAGAAGAAAGGAAGGGAUAAGCGCCGUCGUAACAUCUGGACGUUGUUGAUCCGACAUCUUCCUUUGUUGAAGCGAAAGUGCAUGAAAAGGACAGUGCCGCGCGGAAAGAAAUAG